AUGGAAAUAGAACAGAAUAAUCAGCUUCCCUUUCUAGACGUGUUAGUUAAAAAGAACAAAGACGGCACCUUAGGUCAUCGGGUUUAUCGAAAAUCAACACAUACGGAUCGUUACCUCCAUGCCACCUCUCAUCAUCACUUGACUCAGAAGAAUUCUGUUAUCAGUUCAUUAAUAUGCAGAGCCUUAACAAUUUCUGAAUUAACUUUCCUUAAUGAAGAAUUAGAACAUCUCAAUCAAGUUUUAACCAAGAAUAGAUACAACAACAAAGACAUUUAUCAAACAACUGAAAGGCUGAAAAAUAAAAUCUCCAGUUCUACAAAUAUGAGUACAUCAAGUGAAAAAGAAGAAGAUCAAAAAUGGACGAUCCUUCUGUAUCUUCAGGGUACAACAGAAUGCAUUAGCAGGAUUCUGGGUAAACACAAUAUCAAAGUAAUUUCUAAAAAUAAGAUUGCGCAACCACUUCCUAAUCCCAAGGACCGGAGACCACACUUAGAAACACUAGGUGUAUACAGGAUUCCUUGCUCCUGCAAAAAAGUGUACAUAGGAGAAACUGGGAAAAAGAUCAGUACAUGA